AGCUCAUCAAAGGCAGCCAUGAAGACCAUUCUUCUCGUUUGCUUGAUCGCAUCGGCCUUCGCCGACCGCGAUGCUAGAAUUGCCAACUACCAGGCUGGAAUCGAAGAGGACGGAUCCUACAAAUCAGAAUUCGAGACGACGAACGGCAUCAAAGCAAGCGAGGAAGGCAUCUCCUACCCCGGCAACUUACCGGAAACCGGCAACUACGUGAGGAGCGGCUCCUACUCGUACGAAUGGGAGGGCGUCACCUACACUGUGCACUGGAUUGCCGACGAAAAUGGUUUCCAGCCCGUCGGCGACCACCUUCCAGACUUCAGCCACACCCGGGAACACAUCGGGAGUGUGUCGGAUUACGAGUAGGCUAGGAAGUUAUUAUUUAAUGGUGAAGUGCGAACUUGUUGGCAUCGAGAGCAUGUGUGUGAUAGAUGAAUCUCUGAAGGUUGCAUAAUGACAUGUCUGUUUACGAAUGUUACUUUAUGAUUUGAGGCUCAAUAAAUUGAUCAUCAGA